AUGGCUGCCGGGGGACUCGCGGCUUGCUGCCGGGGCCAAGGGGGCUGGGCGGGGCCGCGCCGGUUCCGUGCCGGGAGCAGGAGAGUGAUCUGCCUUGAUUGGCGUUACAAAGUACGAGCAAUAAAAGACUGGCAGUUUGCUUUGAAGCAGGAGUUAGGAUUGUUGUAUCCAAGAGGUUUUUUUUUCCCUGUUAUCCUCCGCUCGUGCCACGUGAGCAUUUGGCUUGCUCAUUCUUGUUGUGUCCCUGGAACAAAAGCUGCCGCAGAAGCUCCGUGUGCCAAACGUGACCCAGCAUCUACUUUUGCUUGCCGCACACAGUAUGUGGUUGAAGAAGUGAACCCAGAUGACUGGUGCAACCUUUUGAAGACAGGACUCGAGUACUCUUACAGAGAUGAAACAUUUCUGAAGGUGCUGAACGUUGCCAUCCCGUUACUAUACAAGAAAGAAUCCUCACUUAGUCAGAGCUUAGUCAAGCUCUCCAAACUUCAUGUGAUGAUCACACAACGCUCUCUAUUUUUGUCAACCAUCCUGAGGUCAAUAGAAGAAGAUGGCACGACAAUCCAGACAAGAGAGGCACUGGUGGACAUUGUGCUGACAGCUGUGCAGCUCAGUUCCUCUCUCUGUGGGAGCAGUCACCUCCCAGUGCUGCUGGGAGCCUACGGGGCCACGCUGAGCGCCGCAGGUGAGUGUCAGCCUGGCCAAGGCACUUCCUUCUGCAUCUCGUUCUUGUGUCCACAGGUCACUAGCUUUGGGUUCAAUCUUGGCUUUUAGGUCAGAAGAUCCUACUGGUGCUUCAGUUGUAUGAGAAGAAUAAUCCAA